GAGGGAGGGUGACUUGCGUGAGGGAGGGGGAAAAAUGGGUGGACGGAAAGUCCCCGCGUGGAAAUCCCCUUGACUUGGGCUUUUUCUCCCCUCCGCUCUCUUUCUUUUUUUUCACACAUGGUUUUAAACGCUCUCGUCGGCGUCCACGCGUGCACUCGUCGUGAACGAGAAGGCUCGUCAAAGUGCGAGCGGUACCCCCCGCCUUCCCCGCCCUCCCAAAAAGAUUACCGCGCCGAGAGGAGAAGCUCGAAUGGCGCCGAGCGAGAGGACGAGGCCGCCGAGCAUCCGGCGGCUUUUGUUGUAGCGCCAGCCCGCCGCGCACGUCGGACAGUUUCCGCCUCGUACCGCCGCCGCCGCCGCUCGGCCCCCGCCGGUCCCCGACCCUCGCCGCCAUGUCGCAGGGCCAGAACUUCCUCCCCAAGUUCCUGUUCGUGUCCAACCUGCUGAAGGCGGUGAAGAUCCGCCAGCGGGUGCCCAACGACGUGCUGAAGCCGGCGGCCAGCGGCGGCCUCAUGCACCACCUGCGCGGCAUGCACCGCUACACGCUGGAGAUGAUCGCCAUGAACCACUUCCCGCAGGCCUUCCGCGAGGUGGUGCAGGCCGCCAUCUUGGACCGGGCCAUGCAGGCCUCGUUGGAGCAGGAGAAGAAGCUCAACUGGUGCCGGGAGGUGAAGAAGAUGGUCCCUCUGCGCACCAACGGAGAUGGCAACUGUUUGCUCCACGCCGCCUCCCAGUACAUGCUGGGCGUCCAGGACACGGACCUGGUCCUCCGGAAAGCCCUCCACGGAGUCCUGAAGGAGACGGACACCGGCGUCUUUCGGGCACGCUUCCAGGCCCAGCUUCUGCACUCCCAAGAGUUCACCCAGACGGGCCUCCGCUACACCACCACGAACUGGGAGGACGAGUGGGACAAGAUCGUCAACAUGGCCUCUCCCGUCUCCACUAGCAACGGCCUGCAGUUUGACUCGCUGGAGGACAUUCACAUCUUCGUCCUGUCCAACAUCCUGCGCAGACCCAUCAUCGUCAUUUCAGACCAGGUGCUGCGGAGCAUGAAAUCGGGUUCCACCAUCUCCCCCCUCAACGUGGGCGGGAUUUACCUCCCGCUGCACUGGCCGCCGGCCGAGUGCUACAAGUACCCCAUCGUGCUGGGCUACGACUCGCAGCACUUUGCGCCCCUCGUCACCAUCAAAGACAGCGGCCCCGAAAUCCGAGCCGUGCCGCUGAUCAAUCCCGGACGAGGAGGCUUUGAGGAGCUGAAGGUGCACUUCCUGAUGGAGAAGGAGCAGCGGCUGAAGGAGAGCCUCCUCAAAGACUACCUGCUGCUCAUCGAGAUCCCCGUCAUCGGAUUGGGAUGCGACGCCACGCGCAUCAUCAACGCCGCACGGUUGGAUGAGGGCAACCUGCCGGAGGACAUGAACCUGAUGGAGGACUACCUGCAGCUGGUCAACCACGAGUACCAGCGCUGGCAGGAGGACAAGGAGCAGGCGUGGGCGGCCCAGCCCCAGCGCCCGCCGCCCUUCUCCGUCUCGCAGCUGUCGCUCAUCGAGAUCCGCUGCGCAACGCCGCGCUGCACCUUCUACGUGUCAGUGGACACGCAGCCGCACUGCCACGAGUGCUUCGAGAAACGCCAGGCCAGCGCCGGCCGGAUAGAAGGUCCGGCGCACGGCAAGGGCGGCGGCGUUUUGGACGGCGGCCAGGGCAGCUCCAGGGGGGGCUGCAGCGGCAGCCCGCCCUCGUCCUCGUCCGGCCGGGCGGCGGCUCCGUCGGGCCCGGACUCGGCCCCGCCGCCCACCGCGCCCAGCCUCAGCCUGUACAGCGAAACGCACGCCAUGAAGUGCAAAAGCCCCGGCUGCCUCUUCACCCUCAGCGUGGAGCACGCCGGGCUGUGCGAGCGCUGCUUCAACUCCAGGCAGAACCCGGACGCCGCGGCCCCCCGCGCCCUCGCCGCGCAGGAUCCCGGCGGACGCAACCGCUGGGGGGUGGAAGCCGAGCGCUGCGGCGCGUGCAGGCAGGAAGCUUUUCGGAUAUUCAACGGGCUGUGCGCGCCCUGCGCGCAGAUGCGGCCGGCUCCCCAAGCGGGGGAGCCGCGGCCCGGCCGGCCCGGGACCGAGGCCCCGUCCGCGGCCCGGGGCCGGGGGCCCGGGGACCCCGAGCGGCCGGCCCGCGGCUCCGCCUGGCAGGCCCCGCUCGCCCGCCCCUGCAAGAGAUCCGGUUGCCAGUUCUUCGGCACGCCCGAGAAGUUGGGCUUCUGCACCAUUUGCUACGUUGACUAUCAGACCAACCACCACCUGACACCUCCCGCCCCGGUCCCGGUCCCGGUCCUGAUCCCGGCCCCGGUCCCGAUCCUGACCCCGGCACCGGACCCAGCCCCGGCCCCGGCGCAGGGCCGGCACGGCGCGGAGGCGGGCUUCCAGAACGCGGCGCGGUGUCGCGGGCCAGGCUGUGGCGCGCUGGGCAAGGCCAUGCUGGAGGGCUACUGCGACAAGUGCUACGUCAAAGAGCAAAGCGCACGGCUCAACCAGGCCACGCAUCGCGCGCCCCGCUCCCCUCCACCCGUGGCGCGCGAGCGAGCCACCAAACCCCGAUCCACGCAGCAGUCGCAGACGCAGACGCAGACGCAGACGCAGUGCCGGCGCAGCGGCUGCAGCAACGUGUCCCCGGGCUGCACGGACCUCUGCCCCGAGUGCCACACGCGGGGGGGCCAGGGCCGAGACGCCGGCCGGCGGGCGCAGGCGCCCAAGGAGAAGUCCAAGCAGCGCUGCCGGACGCAGGGCUGCGACCACUACGCCAACCAAGAGAAGCAGGGCUACUGCAACGAGUGCCACCACUUCAAACAGAUCUACCGCGGAUGAGCGCCGCCCCGCCGUCCCGACCGCUCGCUGGCUAGUGACUAACCCCGUGACCUUGGGGCCUGAAAAUCACCCCCGUCCCCCCCCUCCCUGUUCAACACCCUUUCCUCCCCCGUGUAGAAUGUGAAGACCGAGUGCGUGCGCACGCGGGGUGGGGGGGGAUAAGCGAACGCGUGAGUGCGCGUGGCGGAGCGUGCGCGCGGUCGACAUGGCUUCCGCCAUACCUCUUUGUGCAGUCGAGACCAUUCGACGAGCUGCGGCCGCACGUGUACAAAAUGUAUUUCAAGGUACCUGCCCACUCGUGCCGGACGCAAUGAUUGUAUGCUUGUACGUCGAACGAAAGCAUCCGCUUCUUUUUUUGUUUUUUUAGACUAGUGAUUCCCAACCUCGUGUGAGCUGGGGCGCAUUCAUUUGGAAAUGUCGCCACUCCGAACAGUCCCGGAAAGGGAUAUGCCGCAGCGUGAGAUGGUGGCAAAGCACUACUUUUGCUUCAACCUUGUUCCGUGGCAUAAGAUUUAAUAGGAACGCAAUCAAAGUUCCAAACGCCAAAUCGGUGAGUUUUGUCUGCAAACGGGCCAAGCCGCGAGUCUCGUACAUGCGGAUGUGCCCCGCCAUUGCGACCGCCAAAUGAAGCGUAGUGCAAACGCCCUCGAAAAGCAGCGGCCGGCGUUGUUUGAGUUUGAAACCAAAGAGAUUGGCAGGCACGCGGCAAAGACCACCCAUGACGACUUUUUGGGGCACCGUGGCGUGGCAUCUUGGGCUGCGACGGAAAGAUCCGAUUUGUAGUCAGCGACGUUUGGUGGAAUCGGAUGAAACGGGAAGGUGCCGCGGCAUCACCCCGGUUGGGAAUCGCUCUUGUCCACCGCAGCCAAGGGUUUCGAGCCCUCGUCUGUCUGUCUGUCUUAGCAUUUGUUCUCCAGGGUACGACCAACCAAAAUCCCCCCCCAGCCCCCACUUGAAAUCCUUCAGAAAAAAGAAGCGAGCUCUUACAAUCAACCCGGUGUGAGUGCUCCUUUGAGGGAACCGCACCUUUGUAGAUGCAACUGACAGUUAUGCCCAACAAAUCGAUGGGUGUCCAAACCAACAUGGGAUGGGGAUGGGGGUGGGGGGGUGGGGGAGAUAUAGAAGCACCGUAUAUCUUCCAGCCACUGAGGUCUCAGAAAUGCACUUUUAUUUUUUUAAGGCAAGGCUGAGCAGGGUAGAGACUUGCCAAAAGGUGGCUGGUCUCCUUUGUCCGACGUGACAUUGAAGCGGCGGGGCUCCGUUUUCCUGAGCUGACGUCGCCUUCAUUUGGGCCGAAGCGCAACGCGGUGUCUUUUGUGAUAUUUACAAAAAAAGACAACAAAGCGGGAUUCUCACAAAAAGCAAUUUGCCGUCCUAAAGAGGAAAGUCGUCAUCUCAUUUUUCAAAAUUGUUAUUUUCCAAGACAAAACAAAAGCAUUGCUCUUGGAAGAGUGUGACUUUACUCCCGAAAAUACAUUGUGGGGUGGGGUGGGGGGGUGGGGGGCUUCCGACUCUUCCCUCCUAUUACGACUUUUUCUCCUUCUUUUCCUUUGACAAUUCUUAACGUGGCUCAACUCGAAUACUUGGCCUCGUCUCACCAGCUCCUUUUCCACCUCCUUUGCUUUCGGGCCACGUCAUCGCGCCGCAUACGCAUGGAAAACAUCCUUAUUUUUGAAAGUUGCCAUGUGUGCGUGGACUCAAGUCUCUGUAGUGUCAUCUUGCGAGACAGACGGGGCAGGCGCCCGCCGGUUGUGGUGCCGCACGCAACGCGGUCGGGCGUUGACGCCGUACCUUUCGCAAGCCCCGCUCACAACAGAUCAGUUGCCUUGGAUGUUGUUUUUUGCCUCUUUGCCGACCGCUUCGGCACCUUCACGCAGACCACAUGCACAGGAGCGCGCAUGCGCACGCACGGACCGUUGAAUUGCCUCCUCGGUCCGGCGCAAAGUAUCUGAAUGUGUUUUUGCCCCAGUCACGUAUCGGGGCUGAUCCUCCGCAAGUUUUUGCCUUUACGACGGACCGGGGGAGCCUGAUCCCCGCCUGAUCAGCGCUCCCGCUAUUCUUCUUCUUCUUCUGAUAUCAACCCUCCUGUUAUGUCACUGGUCACUCACAGCCAAAAGUUCUUUCGGAUCCCGAUUUUGACAAGUCGAGGACUAAAGAUGGAUUGAAACCGCUCCGGCAGUUGCUCAUUGUUUUGGAAGCAAAUUUGCUGCCGUGACAGAAAAAGUUUGUUUUGCGCGAUGAAUCUUUCCAAGUGUCACGUUUCAAUGCGAUGCGUUUCAUGUUGUGAGAAGUUCCGCACUUGACAAAUGAUCACGUUUGAAUUGGGCUGACGUUAUCACUUGUCAACGUGAUCGUUUUUACGCCACUCGUAAAAACUCUCCAUGCGUAUAAAUCAUACACGAGACGUGGCCUUAGCUUUCUUUGGUAGAUUUUUUUUUUUUUUUUUUUUACAUUGCUGCAGAAGUGCGGCAAAGUGGCCUCGACACUACCUUUUACUUGAAGAGAGACCAACAGGGCUCCGUCAGUGACGUGCACCUGUCUCACGUCGUCUCGUUUUGAACUUCUCGCGUUAACAACGUGAAUCUCAUCGUGUUCAAAUGGGAAAUUGAUCACAUUAUCAUAUUUCUGUGUGUGGUCUAGCAGCGGUGCACUUCCACGGUAAUGAGAUGUCGUUUCAUGUGACAAUUCCCCCCACCAAAAAAAAAAAAACUUUCUUAUCACCUUCUGUGAUAAUGACACAGGAAUUGACCCAGGAAGAAACAAGCUUGCUUUUUCCUGAGCUUGGCAACUAACAGGAGGGUUGAAGUGCAUUUGUGAAUAUGGAUCUGGGUUCGUGCUGCGGGACCUUCCGACCUGAUGCCUCACCUCUCAACACACACUCAAAACACACGUGUGCGUCUCAAAACUGACAUUCCUCUUUUAUUUUUUUACUUGGGGAUUUUUGUGGGUUUCAGUUCCAGAUGUAUUUUAAUACUAGCUUUGGGUUCCUUUUUUGGUGGAGUUUUAUUUGCCAAAAUAAUGUACACGUGCCAUCAAGCGCCAAACGGUUGUUGUUAUACCUCCUUAAAAAUGGCCGCCUCGGACAAGCUAGACAUUUCUUUGAUACAGUGGAACGCCCACCCAUCAAACGCCCUAAAACUUGAACAAUCUGAGUUUGUAAUCAGUUUUUUCUUGCACUGGAGGGUGAUCUUUCCUUCUUGUAAGGCCUUAAAAUAUUUGUGAAUGCGACCGCGACUAAUAAAUAGCUGAAAAUAUGACGCUAGGAAGCCCCACAACCAAAAAUAGCAUUCCAUUAAGAAUUAAAAGGUUUUUUCUCCACAAAAUGGCCCUAAAAGUCUUAAAUUUGACUCCCCAAAUAAGUGACAUUGCGAGAAUAAUCACACUUUUUCAAGUUUCUUAAAUUUGACUCUAAAUAAAUCAAUUAGAAUGAACAUUCAUAAUCAGGUUUUUACCAAGCAGAUGCUCCUUUUGCUAGCAAAGUGACUGUUAUGAAAAUGACCAGAGAAGCUUUCAAGUGAUCAGAGUGGCCUUGAGUUUGUUCCCGUUCAUGAAAUUUGAGUCACGAUCAGAAUUUGUAAAUCCCACAAUGGCUCAUGGCUGGGACUAAAGAGACCCCCUAAAACAAACAAACGGCCCACUCUUCUCCCCUGUCUGUUUGACGUUUGCCAGUCGUCUGAGCAAUUUGAACUUGAUUUCACUUUCAGACCACAAUGACACAAUGUGCACGUGAUAACUCGUACCCUGAAAUGGACCACAAUUUGCUUACAAACUCUAGCAUCUUCAAAGGCUACCUCGUUUUAUUUAACUUUAGAAUGCGGACAUUGUCUUAUAUGAUUGACGUGUCCGAGAUCGUCUUAAAAUUGACCUUUUGCAAUCAUUUCUUCAAGCUAACAUUGAUAGCAUUGAAGCUAACGGUUAGCAGGAAAAUAACCACAGGAGUUUAAAGAUUGUGGCAGUUAUGGCACAUUUUCCUCAUGUCCGGGCCUCAAAAUUGGACCGCCGGGGGUUUAAAUAUUGAAGUAUCAUUGUUGUAUGGCGGCUACAGUGGGAUGAAGUGGCUUCCCAUGGUUUCUUAGUGGAGGAAAAACAUUUUUGGAUUGGUUUGUGUUUGACGUGGGAAGUUGCACUGUAUCUGCCUCAAAUAAGAGCCGGGCGUACAUUAUGUCCUUCCGUGUGCGGGCCAAGACUGCCUUCACGUUCAAGUGUAGUGUGCAUACACUAUUGAUCUCCGUGCGCUUUCACUCCGGACCCACCUUAAUCCAAACGGCGUCAGAAAAAGAAAAAACAAAAAAAAGGAGCUACGCUUCGGGACAUGGAACAAGUCAUGCAAGUUUUUAUUUGUGGGACAGUUCCACAAUGGGGUAUUACACGGAGAGACAAAAAAAGAAAAGACAA